AUGGGAAAAGAUCGGACUGCGAAAAAAACCAAAGGACGUCAUGAACCGCUCUAUGUACAGAUGGAGGAGGAUGGACGGCUAUCGAAAAAACCCCCAAAAGCAAAGUUUCAAGCCAAGAAACAGAUAAAAACUGAUGAUGAAUACAUUGACCCAAAACUAUCACGUAAAAUUUUACAAAUAGCACGCGUACAACAGGAGGAGCUAGAAACUGAAGACAGAUCAGAUAAUCUCCCUACGGAAAGAUUUGUCUCAGCAGAUUUAAAAGAUGAAGACAGCGAGGAAGACUUUUCAGAAGAUGAGGAUAUCGAAUAUGAGGAUUUGGAAGUGGAAGAAGAGGAUCAAGAGAUUCUAAAUAAAUUUCUCCCGAGUGCACCGAUAGAACGACGGACAUUGGCAGAUAUAAUAAUGGAGAAAAUCGAGGCAUAUGAUAGGGAGAAACAACAAGCAUCUAAGGGUGAAAUCACAACACCUCCUGGGCUAAGUCCGAAAAUAAUUGAAGUUUAUUCAAAAGUCGGGACUCUUCUGAAGAGAUACAAAUCAGGCAAACUACCAAAAGCCUUUAAAAUUAUCCCAUCGUUAAGUAAUUGGGAAGAAAUAUUAUAUCUCACACGUCCCCAAGAAUGGACACCUCACGCGACAUAUGCGGCAACUAGGAUAUUUGUGUCUAAUCUAAAACCAAAACCAUGUCAAAGAUUUUUAGACCUGGUUCUCCUUGAUAAAGUGCGAGACGAUAUUCAAGACACUAAGAAGCUCAACUACCAUCUUUAUAUGGCAUUGAAGAAAUCUUUAUACAAACCAGCAGCAUUUUUCAAAGGGAUUUUAUUUCCAUUAUGUAAAUCAGGUACAUGCACAUUACGAGAGGCGGCCAUAAUUGGGAGUGUUAUUUCCAAAGUGAGCAUUCCUGUCCUUCAUUCAUCCGCGGCCCUUUUGAACUUGGCAGAGAUGGACUAUACCGGUCCAAACAGUUUAUUUAUUCGCAUUCUCUUGGAUAAGAAAUAUGCGUUACCGUAUAAAGUGGUAGAUGCGCUGGUAUAUCAUUUUAUGAGAUUUAAAAAUGAUGAGAGAACCAUGCCAGUACUAUGGCAUCAAUCAUUUUUAGUGUUUGCGCAACGAUAUAAGCAAGACUUGACCCCAGAUCAAAAAGAUGCACUCCUGGAAGUGCUUAAAUACAAAUGUCACGAUCAAAUAACACCCGAAAUUCGCCGCGAGAUAGUUCACUCGGUUGCUAGAGGGGAGAUAAUCCCAGAAGUGGAGAUGGCGGAUGCCAAACGAACAAAGAAGGUCGGAGUAGUCGGUAAAUACGGCACUCGAUAUGGUGCAUCACUAAGAAAGCAGAUAAAAAAAAUGGAAAUCACCCAACAUCAGAAAUAUACUUGCACAUUCUGCGGUAAAGAUACAGUUAAAAGAAAGGCUGUCGGCAUCUGGGAGUGCAAAGCUUGUAGAAAAGUGCUUGCUGGUGGUGCUUGGACCGUUUCGAAUUCCAUUCCAAGUGGGGAAAUACAGAUACCGCGUUUGCUCCCGUUCUUUAAUUCGUGGACUACCGGUGGGAUCACUAUUGAUUCGGAACUUAAAACCAGGAACAGGGCAAGCGAAAAGGCACUAGCAACUGUGGUGUGUUACGCCCUGCGCUGCUGGUGUGGGGAAGAAGAGUGUCUGGUCUUUACAUCACUGCAGCGUGCAUAUUUUGCUUUUUCGUGGGAGCUGUACCCUACGACCGCUGGUCGAAUUGAGGUCAAAUUUUGGCCGAGAAAAAUUGGAAACAUCUUGAAGGUCCACCUUCUUAUGAUACGAUACAAUUACACAACAUCAGACGAGGACUCUGAUCCAACCGUUGAAGAACUAACAUCUGAUCCACAUAUUGCCACAUUACUCCUACCAUAUAGAAGAGUUCUUGAAGAAAUGAGGAAUCAUCACGUAGAACAAGAAUCACAACGAGGCCGACACUCAAAUAAAUACUUCAUAUCUGCAAAACAAUUCAUAUAUCUAUUUAUUGUCAAUAUAUAUUUCAUAUUUUUCAUGGAAGAUUUCAAUUUUUCUGCGCUGUAA